AGUACAGAUUGUACCGGCUUGGUGAGCCCAGCUGCUCAGCCUCUGCUCUGCCUUGAGUUCAGUUCUCGGCCAAAGGCAGAUCUUUGCUAGUGUACAGCACACUACUUGUGUUCAACAAGAUUGCAUCAGAUUUAAAUAGACACUGAUCUCAUUUGCCGGCAACCAACAACUUUCAAAUACGGUGAGAAAGGAAGAGAUUACUUUGGAGAGAGUGGUUUGGAAAAAGUAUGUAUGCUAGAAUAUUCGGAUGUAAUCGACCCUCCUGAGCUUAUACCGAAACCCAUGAAGGAUAUUGCCUGGAGAAAUGGCAUUUCUGCAAUCGCAUGCUCUGGACAGGAGAAAAAGGCGGCGACCAUAGCAAAAAAUGUAAUCAGCCAGAAGGAUCAGGAGGCUGCAUUCUAUGAUCCAUUCAUGAACAGGAAUGUGGCACAUCCGACAUCAGACUUUGAGACAUUUGUGCACCUGCUGAAGGGCAGCCUAGGCACGGGCAUGUUGGCUAUGCCGAUGGCUUUCAAAAAUUCCGGAUUAUUUGUCGGACUCGUGGGAUCAAUUGUAGUCGGCUACGUUUGCACUUACUGUGUCCACAUGUUUGUGCGGGCUUCACAUGUUCUAUGUCACAGGCACCAGCUACCCGCAAUAGGUUUUCAGAAAAUUGUCGAACUUUCAUUUUUGGAGGGUCCUGAAUGUUUGAAGAAAUUCUCAAAAGCUGCUGGAUAUGUCAUCAACUUUGGAUUGCUAACGGAGCUGCUAGGAGUUUGCAGUGCAUAUGUCUUGUUUGUGGCCAAAUCUAUGAAACAGAUUGUUGAACACUACUGGCACGUGGACAUGUCGGUGCAAGUUUACAUGGCGAUCAUGCUGCCGGUUCUGAUCACCAUCAACCUGACACGCAACUUGCGUCACCUGACGCCUCUCUCCAUGAUCUCCAAUGUGCUCUUCCUGCUCGGCGUGUUUGUCUCCUUCUACUACAUCUUCGAAGACCUCCCACCCAUCAGCUCGCGUCCCGCCUCCUUCUCGUCCUGGGGCCAACUUCCGCUCUUCUUCGGCACCACCAUCUUUGCCCUCGAAGGAAUCGGUGUGGUUAUGCCUCUGGAGAACAAUAUGAAGAACCCGAAACACUUCAUCAGUUGCCCCGGAGUGCUGCACAUCGGAAUGGUGUUUCUAAUCAUACUGUACGCCAUCACUGGAUUCUUCGGCUACCUCAAGUAUGGAGAUAAAGUUGAAGCCAGUAUCACCCUCAACCUGCCCGUCGAAACUAUGCUGGGACAAUUUCUGAAAACGAUUGUGGCAAUUGCAGUUUUCCUAACUUACUUCCUCCUGUUCUACGCGGCAAUGGACCUGCUUGGAAUUGUCAAUGGCAGACGAUUCAAGACUCGUCCCCUCUUGAAAGAGAACAUCGUCAGAAUCUUGACAGUCAUUGGAACUGUGGUUGUCGCCGGCCUGUUCCCGAACCUGGGUCCAUUCCUGUCGCUGAUUGGCGCGUUCAGCCUGUGCGUGGUUGGCCUCAUAUUCCCACCAAUAAUCGACACGCUAAUCUACUAUCGUGAGGGGCUCGGCCGCCUAAAAUGGCGGUUAUGGAAGAAUGGUGUGAUACUAGCGUGCGGUGUCCUCGGCCUGGUCACCGGCACCAUGAUCAGUCUUCAGGAGUUUGUCGAGUCGAUGGGCGGGGCGUGAUGGCACACAUAACACACGACACACAACCUCCAAACACGCAUGAAGACCAACUGCAAGCAGCCGGCCAGUUUGGCCAAUUUAGUUAUUUCGAUGUUGCUAACUUAUCACAUUUGAAUCAAUAAUUCAUCAAUUGAAUUAUCUAUUGAUUCUUAUCAAUUAUAAAUUGAUUCAAUGUUUUUUAGGUUUGCAAGGUAUCGUCGAGAGAAAACUAUGGUGGUUGCCAUUUUAUUCAAAUUGAUAAAUGAUAUUCAACCUGCAAUAGCCUGUCAAACAAAUUGGCAUGAAAUUUAAAAAAUGUUUUGACUACCAAGUGUUGUAGACAUCUUUAAAACUUGCUCUGGAUUUGAAAAUAGUGACCUUGUAUCUGGAAUGAGAGUGAUUCAUUAGAUUAGGAUGAAAUUAUAAAAACUGAUUGCUUGACUUGAAGCAAACUUAAAACUUUCUCUUGGAUUUGGAAAAAGUGACCUAGUAACUCAAAGAGAAUUUAUUUCUCUUGGAUGACUACACCAAUUGCUAAACGUAUAGCAACCUUUAAAUUGCUCUUGGAUUAGUAAGUAAUGACCUUGUAUUACAAAGAGAAUUUAUUUCUCUUGAAAUUAGAGCCAUUGACAACUAUGUCAAUUUCAACAUUCCUACCCCUUAAAUCUCCUUUGCUAUGGGAUGUUAGCAGUCAAGUUACUCAGUAAUUCGCGAAUUAAUCACACAAUUUCCUCCUUAAAAUAUACAUAAAAUAAAUUUAUUUAUGAAAAGAUCUGAAGUUACAAUGACUACAUAGUGUUUAUUUUUGGCUUGAUUUCUACCCAAAAUUUAAGUAUUGAUAACCGAUUUUUAAAGUCUCUCAUUCAAAUUCGUGACCUUCUAUUCAUUGAUUCUAUAUUUUGAAUGAAUUACAUAUUCACUGAGAUAUGUAAAAUUUCAACUGAGCUGCUUUCUUCCAGCCAGAAUCCAAGGCUAGAAAAUCAUCAGUUGAUUCAUAAUGUUUAAUUGAUCAAACAUCUCUACCAUGAUAAAAAUCUCACCACUAAAGAUCAAUCCACAAAGCAAGUCAAAGUCAAGUUAUUGCAGGUUUUAUGAAAAUCAUAUAUUUGAAUAAGAUUUUAUGCAUAAAAUAUUUCAAUUUUAUACUAUUUUUGUAAUGAUAUUUGUUAAUUGAUAGCUUAUUACAAAAUAAAGUACUGUUUUGGUCUAUGUGGAGACCAGGAGUCUCAAAGUUGGUCAUCAUUAUUAUUUGAUGAUAUUGAACUUUUUCUAUUAUUAUUAUUACUACUGUAACAAUUUUGCAAUAAAAAAUAACUAUUAA